CUUUGUGCACUUUUCAUCCAUAUGCAGGGUCAUUCAGCGUCCCUGGCCUCUACCCACUGGAUGCCAGUAGUAGCCCUUCGGUUGUGACAGUCAAAAAUAUCUCCAUUGUCAGAUGUCCCCUGGGGGCCCAAACCUCCCCCGGUUAAGAACCACUCUCCUGUAGCAACAACAGAAUUAUUAAAAACAAAGUACUACAUGUAAUUUCUGGAACGCUCCAGGUGCUCAGCAAAUGUUUCCUAAUUUUCUAAAAUUCGCUGCAGGGCAGCUGUUCUCCAUGCGGUGAUCCAGUGACUCAGUUUACUUCCACUUUGCCGCUCUCCCAUCUUAGCACAUGGUUUCCCUGACGGCGGGGGGUAAGGAAAAGUUGGCAAACACGCACCAACUCUUCCGUGCUUCAGUCCUGAAAUGACACGGGCGCUUGUUCUCAGCCCACUGAUGGGCGUGGGUCACAUGAGCCAACCUAACUGCAAGGGAGUCAGAAGGGAUCGCCCUGGGGUAUUUUGGAUCUUGGGUGAGUAAAAACCAUCUACAAUUGUUAAUAGCUUUCUCUAUGCCGGCUGAUGUUCUAAGUACUUUUGCGUGUAUAUUAACUCAUCCUCAAAGCACUUUAUUUUGCAGGCGAUGAGGCCGAGUUGCAAGGAUGCGCCAUAGUAGAGCCAAGAUCAAGACUGGCAGUCUAGCCAAGAAUCUGUGCUUAACCACUGCAUGCACUCAGCACGGAGCAUAUGUGUCUCCCCUUUUAUGUUUCUCACCUGUGUGAUUCUUUUCUGUACCGCUCUUGAAUCCUAGAUUAAUUGCUCCACUGGGCAAUUUCUUUUCUUUUUUUUUUUUUUUUUUAAUUUUUUUAAGAGGCUGCUUGAACUCACAACCCUGAGAUUAAGAGUUGGUAUGCUCUACCAACUGAGCCAGCCAGGUGCCCCUCCUCUGACCAAUUUCGUGACAGGUGACCCCUUUGUCUAGAGAGAAGGAUGCCUUCAGUAUUGUCCAUUACUGAAGCACAGAAACUCUUUGGCUAUUCUAUUUGAUGCCAUGGCUCAGACCUACUGACGUUCUCCUUGAUAGAAGACGUGAAAUAGCUUACAGAAAGUCAGACCUUGUGUGUAAUACCUACAAAUUCCCGAAGAUGUGCUAUUCCCACUUUAUGGGUGGAAAACAAGCCCUGAAUUGCUGAAAGAUGAGGCAGUUUGUUGGAGGCCAGUCACAGAGUCUCUGCAUCCUUCAAGUGAGGGAGCCUGUGUUCCAGGCACUUGUGUAACCAUACGACAGCCCUGCAGUUUAGGCACAGGAUCUCACUCCCAUGGAUGGGAAAGCUGAGGCCCGGAGAGGUUGAUCGAAUGCUCAAGGUCACAGGGCAAGGAAGCCACAAGAAUGGGCAUCAAGUCCAACCGGAUCAGACUGAAGGCUGCGAGGGAAAACCUACCGUGCCAGGCCUCCAGGCUUUUCCUGAGGUGUGUGGUGGGUGGAGUACUCAGCCUCGUAAAGCUUCAAAGCCUGUAGCUAACAUUCUUGGCACGCUUGGGCUUCCCCGCUGGAAGACGGAUGGCACCAGAAGUCAAUGAAAGCUGCUCGGUGGAAAGGACCUGCGCCCAUGAGCCUCCUGUGCUCCUCCUCUUUCACCUCUUCUGUUUUUCUUUCCUUGAGGGGCAGUCUGGGAGACGGCAGAGGGUUUUGUCCUGUCAGCUGCUCCCGUCACUUCAGUGGCUCCGAAAUUCCCGAAAAAGCUUGCACACAGGCAGCGGUUCCAGUUUUCCUCCCUCCCACUCCCCUUCCCCUGCGUAGGCUGGUCUUACGAGGCAGGAGAGGCACAUUCUUAAUGGCGAGAUUUGGCCAGUGGUUCUGGGAGAGGAAGCUGCCAGAUCAGGUCAACAUCUAUCUUCUCUGGCUUUUGAAAAACUUCAGAUGACACCGGCUCGUGGGUCAAAUGUCAGCUCAAGGCCAUAGCUCACUGUGUUUGGAGGGGAUGAGCGAUGGGGAUGGGUGGGCUUGGAGGGUCAGGAGGUAAACAGCCUGCCUUUUUCUCCUACUUGAAAGUAAGGAAGGGAACAGUAGCAACAUUCUGGAACACAUGGCAGCAGCUGAAGAUAAGAUAAAGGGAGAAGCUAGGCUGGUUGUUCCAAGAACAUGAUUGGUGUGUUGGCUACCACUGUCUUGUGCGGUUUUUAAAAAUAGAAAGACCAGAGGGUGGAGCUUUCUAGUUAAAAGCCUGAGUAUUUUUUUUUUUUAAUGUUUAUUUAUUUUGAGAGAGAAGGCAUGUGCAGGUGCAUGAGCAGGGAAGGGGCAGAGAGAGAGGGAGAGAGAGAAUCCCAAGCAGGUUCCCUGCUGUUAGCCUGGAGCUUCACUUGGGGCUUGAACCCAUGGACUGUGAGAUCAUGACCUGAGCUGAAAUCAAGAGUCAGACGCCUAACUGACUGAGCCCCUCCACGCACCCUGAAAGCGCAAGUGAAGCUGAGUUGGCCACUCCAGAAUGAACCACAGCUCCAAGAUGGGGAAGUAGAAGCCCAGCUGGCUCUCUGCCAUGGCCUGCGAACCUCAGAUGGGCCGCAGUGGGGCAGCUGGCCCGUUGCCCCCCUCCUCCCCUGGCUGGAAUGCCUUGCCUGGAGGGCGUCCCCCAGGCUGGGGGCAAGAGCUCCGCAAUGGCCAGGUCCUCACGGUUCUGCGGAUCGACAACACCUGUGCGCCCAUCUCCUUCGAUCUGGACGCCGCAGAAGAGCAACUACAGACCUGGGGCAUUCAGGUCCCCGCUGACCAGUACAGGAGCUUGGCUGAAAGCGCCCUCUUGGAGCCCCAAGUGAGGCGAUACAUCAUCUACAACUCCAGGCCCAUGCGGUUGGCCUUUGCUGUGGUGUUCUAUGUGGUGGUGUGGGCUAACAUCUACUCCACCAGCCAGAUGUUUGCCCUGGGGAACCACUGGGUAGGUGUGCUGCUCGUGACCCUGGCUGCCAUGAGCCUGACUCUGACCCUCGUGCUCAUCUUCGAGAGACACCAGAGGAAGGCCAACACCAACACGGACCUUAGGCUGGCGGCUGCCAAUGGAGCCCUCCUGAGGCACCGGGUGCUGCUGGGGGUGACGGACACGGUGGAAGGCUGCCAGAGUGUGAUUCAGCUCUGGUUCGUCUACUUCGACCUGGAGAACUGUGUGCAGUUUUUGUCUGACCACAUUCAAGAGAUGAAGACUAGCCAAGAGUCCUUGCUGAGAAGCAGAUUGAGCCAGCUGUGUGUUGUCAUGGAAACAGGAGUGAGCCCUGAGACAGCAGAGGGGCCUGAGGACCUGUUGGAGGAAGCCCCUCUCCUGCCCAGCAGUCCUCAUUCGGAGGAGAGGCCACUCCUGCAGACUGAGCUUCGCCAGCUCGUGCCUGAGGCUGAGCCAGAGGAAAUGGCCCAGCAGCUGUUGGCAGUAUUUGGCGGCUACUAUAUCCGGCUCCUGGUGACCUCGCAGCUUCCCCAGGCAGUGGGGACACGACAUACGGACUCGCCAAGGAUUCCGUGCCCCUGCCAGCUCAUAGAAGCCCACAUCCUGGGUACUGGGUGCUGCCCAUUCCUGGCCAGGUGACCUAGGGAGGAAGGUACUCCGCUUCCUGCGAGACUGAAGGUCCUCAGGAAGGCUCAGGAGCGCCAGGCGGCUGACGGUGAGCCCCAGGGGAGGAGAGAAGCAUCUGGGACCACUCAGAAGACUGUCAGUCAUGUCAGAGCAUGGGUAUCGUGCUUGCUUCAGGACUCUGCACAGGAAUACCUAUCCACAUCCCAUGCUGACGCCUGGCCCUUUCAGAAGCUGAUGGUUGCCAAGCUGGUCCCACUCCAAACCAGUCUCUAUGCUGCUUAGAACCAUGGGCAUGGAUGGAAGGCCUCUCCCAUGCCCUUCAUUGUCUGGAGAGCCCAGAAAAUGUGAAGAUGCCCCUACUGGGCCAACCAUGUGUCCAGAGCUCAGUCUCAGGUGAUGGUCCUGUCCUCAGCUCCUUCAUGUCAGACAGGAAAACUGAACCUCAAAGAGGACUCUGCUCUUUGUAGCAUUGUCUCGGGCCUCCAGAAUUCCUAAUUGGAAGGAAAGAAGUCAAUUCUCAGAACGUUCUCCAUUUGUAAGUUUCUCAUGCCCUUUGUUUUAUGACAAACAAUGGCCCUGUGUUGUCUGCUAGCACACAGACUUCUAGGAGGCAGAAGAGAGAAACCAGUGGCACGUAACUGAUAAUGGGACUGUUUGGGAAAGAUUGAUUCUGUCUGAUUUGAGGAUGUAUUUCGUUUAAAGGCAUGCAUGCCUGUGGUUGUGGUUUUAUACUCCAGACCGAGAGCAGCAGUCCUGUUUUCUGACGCUAAUCUGUCACUCAUGACGUUCCAUGAAGAGGUCAGGGGUUUUCAGGUUCUCUGCUCCUGAGCAAGUUUGAAGACCAAUUAUUCCAUAGGCCCAAAUCCAAAAGACCUGGCCUGGCAUUUAAGGGCUCCCCAGCCUGCAGGACCCAGCCCGCAUCUGUGAUUUUGGCUUCAUCUCCCACAAAACUUCUUCAUAAGUUGAAACUCUUUCCUGGACUAAUGUACCUACUCGAUCUCAUCCUUUGAACUCCUAUGCAUGCUUCAAAGCCCAGCUUUACUUACCUCUCCUUCAGGAAGCCUUUCAAUAUAGAACAUGCCCUGCUUCUCUGCCUCCUUUAAAUUCUUAAUGUAGCUCCUGCCUUUAUUGAUGUUUUACGUUAUCAAUUCUGUUUUCCUGUGCACAUGCACAUUUUUCUAGCUAGACUCAAUUUCUGAGGGACAAAAUUCUCACCUUAUAAUUUUUGUGCAUGGCCUAGACCUGCUGAGGGGAAAACAGACCAACCCAGUGGAUUGAGGGUUUUGUCAUCUCUAGAGUAGCCUUUGCAGAUUGCUCUCUAUGCUCCGUUGAAUGAGGUUGGCAUAGACCUGGGUUCUGGUCCUGCUGCUGACAUUUCUAGGUGUGUGUCUUUUGGCCAGUCCUCAGUUUACUCAUCUUUAUAUAAAUGAAUACAUAAUGGGUAGUUGGAUGAUUGUCAGCUUCCCUUCCAAAGCUGAAGUUCUGGCUUUUUCUGUUCCAGUCUAGCCCUUGGCCUAUCUGUUAUGCCUUUAUCCACAUGUAGAAGGGUCCUCCAGCCUUACGUGACUGAGGUGUCCCAGACCUGUCGGACCUGCGGACGGAACACUGGCCUAGUUAGCAGGAGACCUGGAUUCUUGUCCCAGAUAUGCUGCUUCCUUAGAAGCAUGACCUUGGCCAGGUCAUGUAACCUCUCUUGAGUGUCCGUUUACUUCUUUCUAAAUGGAUCUGGUGAACACGAAAUGUAAUCCUGUGGGUGACUUACUGUGUAAGAGGCCAGUCUGACUGUUUGCUUUCUCUGGGCCCAGAGAAGACAAAUCGUGUACAUAGACCCACCCCAGGAAAUGGCUACCUUAGGCAUUUCUCUUUAGCCAGCUCUCAGGGCCGCUGUGCUCCAUCAGAGUAAUUCAUGAAGGCAGUCACUGUCUCGCUCCCCUGCCACAGAAGGAAUGUAGGCUGUGAAUGGGCUCCGUAGAAGCCCGUAUUUAUCAUCCAACCGGAAACCCUGGUAAGUAUAGUAACAGAAUAAACAUGUCUGUGUUAAAUGAUGAAAGGCUAAUGUCCAGACGCUCCUUGAGGUGUUCUUCCCUGCCUUUUCCUGAGUUUCUGGUGGUCUCACCUAGUGGGCAGAGCAUUCACGUGUGCCCCCCCAGGCGUUUUCUUUGCCUUCGCCACUGGCUCUCCUCCUUUAGAAAAUUCUGUGAUCUCUGUCUUGCCUACUUCACAGGGUCGUGCGAAGCUCAGAACUCAUACCUGGACACGCACCCUGCUUUAAGGCUCUGUGUUGAGGACGGGCACGGAGACAGUGCAGAUGGUGGGUGCGGAGGGAGGGGCUCAGAGCCUGGAUUCUGGAGUUCCUCCGAUCCAGGUUCCGCUCCUCGGAGCAGCGUCCCUUGCCACCCUGGGGUGUCACUCCUCGUGCACGGAAUGAGGAUUUAGCAUACGCAACCGGCAGGUAUUGUGAAAAUGAGAUAAUAUAAAGAAUGGAAAGUACUUGCAACUUGGAGCUACAGGCUUGAGUCAGAGCACAAUAAAUUGUUGCUGGUUUUUUUGUUUUGUUUUGUUUUGUUUUGUUUUGUUUUGAUCUCUCACUAUGGCUUCUACACCGUAGGAGCCCAGUGUACGUGUUUGCUGAUGUAGUAGGUCAUUAACAGUUCACGUUGAUUCAGUCUGCCUCAGACGGCAUUACUCCAGCACCACGGGGUGUGUUUAUGGGAAUAAAGAUUCUAGUCAAACCUCUCUGAAAUUCAGUCCCUGGAGACAGUGUGGCAGGGAGGUUAAGAGCAAGCUGGUCACUUUGGGCCAGAUGCUUACCCUCUCUUUUCCUCCUGUAUCUCCAUUUCCUCACCCAUAAGGGGGUGUGUGAUGAUAAGGGGGGUUGGCUGAGGCGUUGCAUGGGAAGUACAAGGUCUGGUCUGUCGUAGGGUCCAAAGCCAGGGCUCCAUCGACGACAGCAUUUCUCAGCUGCUCCGUGCUGUUUGCUAGCUGAGUCCGUUUGUGCAGGCUUUGACCUGUGUUGUUCACAUCUGUAUCCUCACUGAUUGGGGUUGGUUUGUCUGUCAGUGACCAAGAGUGGCAAACCUCCAACUAUGAUUAUGGAUCUUCUGUUUUUCCUUUUACUUCUGACACAUUUUUGUAUUGCAUAGCUUUGAUGUAAUUCACAUAGCAGAAAACAUACCACUUUAAAGUAUACAGUUCAGUGGUUUUCAGUGUAUUCGUAGGAUUGCAUGACCUUUACUGCUGUUUAAUUGUAGACCACUUUCAUAACCUUUCCCCCUCCCCCGCAAAAAAACCCAUCCCCAUUAGCAGUCACUCUCGAUCCCCCCACUCUCCUCAGCCCUGACAACCACUGACCUGCUUUCUAUCUCUGGAUUUUCCCCUUCUGGACAUUUUAUGUAAACGGAAUCCUACAGUAUGUGGCCUUUUGUGUCUGGCUUUUCUAACAUUUGCACAAUAUUUUCAAGAUUCAUCCAUGUUGGAGCACAUAUCAUGAUUUUAUUUUUUAGUAUUAAUGAUCAAUUCCUUCUUAUUCCGGAAUAAUAUUCCAUGACAUGGAUGUAUCCCGUUCUGUUUAUAUUUCUUCAGCUGGGUUGUUUCUACUUUUUGGUUUUGUGAAUGAUGCUGCUAUGAACAAUUACAUACACGUCUUUGUGUGAACGUAUCUCUUAGUUCACUUCCGACAAGUUUUGCUCUAUUAUGACAUGCACACGAAUACAGAAUUGUUAAAACUUCCAGAUGGGUUGAAACCCUUUCAUCUUUAUGGAAUGUCUCUUCUUAUCUCUAUUAGAUUAUUGCCUUAAAAUCUACUUUGAUACAUUAGCUUUCUUUGGAUUAGUGAUUACCCAGUAUAUCUUUGUUCAGAUUUUUACUUUCAACUUAUCUGCAUCUCUGUAUUGAUGGUGCCCCUCUUAUGGGCAUGUGUGAUUAAAAAAAAUCUGGGGGCUCCUGGGUGGCUCAGUUGGUUUGGCAUCCGACUUCAGCUUAGGUCAGAGCCUGGAACCUUCUUCAGAUUCUGUGUCUCCCUCUCUCUGCCCCUCCCCUGCUUGCAUGCACACACUCUCUCUCUCAAAACUAAAUAAACAUUAAAAAAUUAAAAAAAAAAAUCUGUUCUCUGCUUUUUCACUGGAGCAUUUCCUAUGCUAUGUCUAAUGCAUUUGCUGAUGUAUUAGAUAGAUCUGGGCUUACUGGUAUCAUCUUAUAGUUUAUUUUCCAUUGGUUCUUUUUUUUUCUGUUUUUUUUUCUCUUUUUUUUUGUCUCCUUUUGCACUGAGAUUUUUUUUCUUUCAUAAUCUCUCCUCUAGUAGCCUAGGACGUAUGUAUUCUGUGCUUUAAGUGGUCACUGCAGUUAGGCACGUGUCCUUGACUUAUUCGAGUCCAAGAGAGUACUUUCGCCACUUUCUGGACAAUCCAAAGACCUUAGAACCCUUUCGCCGUUCUGCCUCUUGUGCAUUGUCAUCAUGG